AUGAAGCAGUCCGUUGAUGUUAGCUCUUCCCGCCGCAAGAGCAGAAAGGCCCACUUUUCUGCUCCCUCUGAUCUUCGCCGUAAGAUCAUGAGCGCUUCCCUCUCCAAGGAGCUCCGGGAGAAGCACAGCUUUCAAAACCCUGGACUUGCGAUCGACUUAUUCCUUGUUCAUUCUGAUCGCGGGAUGUGUAGCCUCGACUCGACAACGGUUCGACCAACGACAACCUCAUCGACUAUCCUCGCCCGUUAUCAGCACAACGCCACCAUUACAGCACAUCAGAGCAGCAUUGCCCGUUCCAUCCCCAUCCGCAAGGAUGAUGAGGUCAUGGUCGUUCGCGGUUCCUUCAAGGGCCGUGAGGGCAAGGUCGUCCAGGUCUACCGUCGCAAGUGGGUCAUUCACAUCGAGCGCGUCAACCGCGAGAAGGCCAACGGUGCCGCCGUCCCCGUCGGUAUCCACCCCUCCAAGGUUGUCGUCACCAAGAUCCACAUGGACAAGGAUCGCAAGGACCUUCUCGAGCGCAAGGAUCGCUCCAAGAAGACUGAGGCCAUGCAGGAGUAA